AUGACUACUAGUUCAAGCGUUCGUCGUCCUAUAGCCUUUAGUCUUAUACGGUCAUAUCAUGAAAAGGUAAUUGAUCAUUAUGAACGUCCUCGUAAUGUUGGAGCAUUACCUAAAACGGACCCCGAUGUAGGAACCGGGCUUGUUGGGGCACCAGCUUGCGGUGAUGUUAUGAAACUUCAAAUUCGAGUUGAUGAACAUUCUGGUAAAAUUGUUGAUGUUAAAUUCAAGACAUUCGGAUGUGGUUCUGCCAUUGCUUCUUCAAGUUACAUGACGGAACGAGUACGAGGAAUGUCUUUGGAAGAAGCUGGAAGAAUUAGAAAUACUGAAAUUGCAAAAGAGUUAUGCUUACCACCUGUUAAACUUCAUUGUUCAAUGCUUGCGGAGGAUGCUAUUAAAUCUGCUAUCAAAGAUUAUAAGAGUAAGCGUAGUAUUGCAUCUUUAUAA